AUGGGAGAGGAGAGAGGAGCUAUAGGAGAGAUGGGAGAAGAGAGAGCAGAUGGAGGAGAGAGGAGCGAGAAGAGGGAGGAGAGAAAAGACGGGAGAGAGGAGGAGCUAGAAGAGAGAGAGAGGAGGAGCGGAGUAAUGGGAGAGGAGAAGAGGAGAGGGAGGAUGGUAGAGUGGAGAGAAGCACUGGAGGAGGUGUCUGGGGAGGGGGAGGUGUGUUCACUGCUGCCUCUGUCUCCCUCCAUCAUUACCAUAACUACAUUUAUCCAGGUUAUGUUUGAUGUUCAGGAGUGA